GUUCAAUCAACAUGGUUGCCAAGAUCGUUCUCGCCUUCACCGCUCUGGUCGCCUGCGUGUGCGCCGAGCCCGGUGCACCCCUGGUGGUCGCCGCCCCCGCCUACGUCAAGGCCGUGGACUUCCACGCCCGCCCCCACUACUCCUUCAACUAUGGCGUCAACGACCCCCACACCGGUGACCACAAGAGCCAGCACGAGACCCGCGACGGAGACGUCGUCAAGGGCCAGUACUCUUUGCUCGAGGCUGACGGCACCACCCGCACCGUCGACUACACCGCCGACCCCAUCAACGGCUUCAACGCCCACGUCACCAGGUCCGGACACGCCGUCCACGCCGCCCCCGUCGUCAAGGCCUACGCUCCCGCCCCCAUCGUCGUCAAGGCUGCCCCCGCCGUCUACGCCGCCCCCGCCCUCCUGAAGGCCCCCGUCCAGUACGCUCACUCCUACGCCGCCCCCCUCGCCUACAGGGCUCCCCUGGCCUAUGCCGCCCCUCUGGCCUACAAGGCUCCCCUCGCUUACCACUACUAAAUUUUUCAAGGACAAACAACCCUUAUUACCAAGUCUGAUUGCACCAUCACUCUUUGCCCUGUUCCUUUUGCAGGUUCAUAAAUCUCCACAUUGUCAGUUUAUAUUUAAUUGACUUGUUACUGUGUAAUGAGAAAAAUAAAUUGAAAUUUUCAUGAAAAUUUUACAAAUUUUUA